UUCUUUUCGUUUUUGUUGACUGAAGUUAUUGAAACAUUGCCACUGCUUGGGACGGCAAGUUCUGAAGGCUUUAAAUCAAAUUAUCUUUGGUACCUAGUAACGAUUUGUUUUGGCAAUUAUUGGAAAUGCUAGCGCCUACGAUAACUUUUAAUUACAAUUUCUUCAUCUGAWUGAAAAAGGAAAACAACAUCCGUUCAUUUGAGUGGAGUGACGACUUCGUACAAAUAUUGUGUUCACUGAUAGUCUUGAUUGAAAGUACUAKURAAAAUGGAAGCCAAACUGCGGUUUGAAUUCGCCAACCGAAGUAACACAGAGUUUGUGGUGGAGUUAACUUUGAUGGUUGUGAUUGCUUCAGCGGCUUUGACAGGAAAUCUCAUGGUUUGCUGUGCUGUUUUCCGCAACAAGUCCCUCCGCACCAUCCCAAACAUCUAUAUCGUAACACUGGCACUUUCCGACAUUUUAAUGGCGAUUUUUUGUAUGCCUUUAUCAAUUGAUGCACUUGUAAACUCAACGUGGACUAAAUCGCAGGAGGUUUGCCAGUUUCAAGGCUUUUUCUGCUUCUUUUUUGCCUUUACCUCGCUUCAAACCAUGACUGCCAUGGCAAUAAACCGCUAUUACCGAGUGGUAAAACCUUCACUUUACAAUAACAUGUUCAAAKUAAAACGAGUUUUUGUCUCAGUAUUUAUUGUGGUUAUAUUAGCAGCAUUUGGUGCUGGCUUGCAGUUGAUUGCUGGAUGGGCAGUUUUCGAUUUUCAUUACGGAAAACUCUACUGCUUUCCAUUGUACAAAAGUCAAAAYUUGGAUAAAGGCUACAUCGCUUUUCUUGAUUUUUUCUACAUUAGUACACCGGUGCUUAUAAUUUCAGUCUGCUAUUUUCACAUAUUCAAAACUGUUCGAAAUCACAAGAAGAGCACGUUURUWGCGAAAAGAAAAAACUCCACAAUUCCAAACCAGUCUGGUCCACCAYCUACKCUGAAUAUUAAUGUUGAAGAAGUAAAAAUUGCGAAAACUCUGUUUGUUACAGUUCUGGCGUUUAUUACAUGUUGGACUCCGGUCGCAAUAAUCGACAUGAUUGAUACUUAUUCUUCUCACACGGUCAACACUCCAAGACAAGUAUAUUUAGCGUACAUUUACUUGGCUUAUGGUAGCAGUUCGUUUAAUCCAUUCAUCUAUGGGAUCUUAAAUCGUGCCUUCAAAAAAGAAUUUUUGAAAAUAUUGAAACUUAAUUGGAAGCAUCAAAUCGACAUCAAUCAUACUGAUAAUUCAGUUUCUAUGACUGCACUUAGCAAGGUCAAUGCAAUAUCCGUACAUCCAUACAUAGAGACUGGGACUAGUCGAGACAUUCAACGUAAUGACGAAGUUUGAUUGUGCACUUUUUAAAGAAUUAAUAAAAAAUCUUAAAGGGCUACUUGGACGAAAAUUGCAAAACAUUAGAAAAG